AUCCACAAAUGUAAAAUCACAUUUUGGACGUUCUGUAUAUUCUAGAUGCAUAUUACUGUUCUUUCUGUUGUAUUUAAUCAAACUGUUACUCAGAAGAUAUCUGAAGCUUAGUGAGUUCUUCAAUUCUGCAUUAGCUGGGAUUUUUCUGGUUCUGUAAAUCGGUGCGAUGGCUUGCAAAUACAAUAUUGGCGUAGUAUGCAGCCCGGACGUAGUAUUAGCAGGGUCCAGGAGUAUAAUCAAUGGUCAGGGCAAUUCAGUCACAACUAAAAGGGAUUCAUCAGCCACGUUCGGUACAAAAUUAGGUGCUUUCACAAACCUGAAAGUUAGACGCACAAAAAUUAGGCAUGCCGCUUCUGAUAGUACUGUGAGUGUGGAUUCAACUAUUGAGGAAUUUGAUACUAAGACCUUUAGGAGGACUUUGAGUAGAAAAGAGAAUUAUAACAGAAAAGGGUUUGGUCACAAAGAGGAAACUCUGGAAGAAAUGGACAAAGAGUAUACCAGUGACAUUGUUAAAACAUUGAAAGAGAACAACAAUCAAUAUACCUGGGGUAAUGUAAACGUUAAGCUUGCAGAAUCCUUUGGAUUCUGCUGGGGAGUGGAACGAGCUGUUCAAAUUGCAUAUGAGGCCAGAAAACAAUUUCCAGAUCAGAGGCUAUGGAUUACCAAUGAAAUUAUUCACAAUCCAUCAGUGAAUCAGAGAUUGAAGGAGAUGAAGAUUGAAGACAUUCCUGUAACAGAAGAAGGAAAAGAAUUUGAUGUUGUGAACAAUGAGGAUGUGGUAAUUCUUCCAGCAUUUGGUGCUUCGUUACAAGAAAUGCAAAUUCUUGAUGAAAAAAAAGUGCAGAUUGUAGAUACUACAUGCCCUUGGGUAUCCAAGGUGUGGAAUACCGUUGAGAAGCAUAAGAAGGAAAGCUUUACUUCAGUAAUUCAUGGAAAGAAAGGCCAUGAAGAAACAACUGCUACUUCAUCAUUUGCAGGGACAUUUGUAAUUGUGAAGGACAUCAAAGAAGCAACAUAUCUGUGUGAUUACAUUCUGGGUGGCAAGCUUGAUGGUUCAAGUGUUAGUAAGGAAGAAUUUCUUAAAAAAUUUGAGAAGGCUGUUUCAAGAGGAUUUGAUCCCGAUAGAGAUUUAAUCAAAGUUGGAAUUGCCAACCAGACAACAAUGUUGAAAGGAGAGACUGAAGAGAUAGGGAAACUUCUUGAGAGGACGAUGAUGCAGAAAUAUGGGGUUGAAAAUGUCAACGACCAUUUUAUGAGUUUCAAUACAAUUUGCGAUGCAACACAGGAAAGGCAAGAUGCUAUGUAUGAUUUGGUGAAGGAAAAUCUGGAUCUAAUCCUUGUUGUAGGGGGGUGGAAUUCUAGCAACACAUCCCACUUACAAGAAAUUGCAGAACAAAGUGAAACUCCAACUUAUUGGAUUGAUUCGGAGAAGCGAAUAGGUCCAGGAAACCGCAUUGCGUACAAGCUAAGUCAUGGUGAGCUAGUGGAGAAAGAGAAUUGGCUUCCACGUGGUCCACUCAAUAUUGGAAUCACUUCAGGUGCAUCAACUCCAGAUAAGAUACUGGAGGAUGUCUUGAAGGUGGUUUUCAAACUGAAGAAAGAGGAAGCCUUGCAGCUGGUAUAAAGAAUAAUAUGAUAUCAAUAUCCUUCCAUAAAAUUCCACAAAAGUUUUUACAUUCCAUAACUCCAUCUAUGAUUCUAAUGAAAAAUGGAGUCAGUUUUAACAAGAGAUUGUUUUGUUGAUACAUUAUGAAUCUCCUUAAAAAUUUAUCUUUUUACACGUUGUACUAUCAGCAAUUAUGUGCCAUAUUGUAUAGAAACUUUUUGAGCUGUUGAGUGAGUAUGUCUACGGAAACUACUCUGUCAGUUAGUAGCUAAUUUUGCGUUAACUGACUAGUAUCAGUAGCUGUUGUAAAAGUAUGUAGUGCUUGUAUGAUGCAUGCAUUAACUGAUUGUAAAUUAGGGAGUUUCUUAUGCAAACUCUCAUGUAAAAUGGAAAAGCCUAUUUUGUAUUAUUUAUUCUAUAUAAACAAGGAUGAAGAGAGAUGAUCCUUAUUGUGAA